AUGAAACUUUGGCUCAGUUGCACACGAAAACAAAACCCGGCCAGUCACGCAGUGACUUGUCCAGGGCAAGGCAUCAUCCAGGCAGGCUUCUUGGGGCCCUAUGCCCAGUACCGGGAUAACUUACUUUCCCCGGUGCUCGAGGAGAUCGAUCAGGCAUUGGAUAUGAAGUUUACCGAAAACCUAUUCAACCAAGACCCAGGGUUUGCCAGAGACUGGUUGAUGCAUACCGCCAAUGCCCAGCCGGCAAUCUUGUCCACCACGUACAUCAUCAACUACCUCUACGAGCAAGUGGCCGGCCAGUCGUUGAUCGACUGCUCGGACGCCAUCUUGGGCCAUUCGCUAGGCGAGUACUCUGCUCUCCUCCUCAGUGGAGUCACCGACCUCUCGACAGCAGUGCGUUUGGUUCGUCGUCGAGGAGAGUUGAUGCAAAGUCUCCUCGACCCAACCUCUGACUACGGCAUGAUGGCCCUUAUGAUCAGACCAAACCAGUUUGAUUCCUUGGUCUCGUAUUUCCAAGAACACCGGGUGUUGGCCAACAUUAACUCUUUCCAGCAGCUAGUGAUCCUGGGGGAAAAGUCCCAGUUGCACUCGGUGUUAUCUGAAGUCCCCGGUAAGAAAUCAAUCUUGAAAAAAAUCAACCUACCAGUUCAAAUCCCCUUCCAUAAUGAACUUUUAUCGCAGAUCGAGCCCGAGCUUACUGGCUUGGUUGACUUCAGCUCCAUCAAACAGCCCCGGAUCCCCAUCAUCUCAAACUUAUCGGGGGAAAAAGUGCUGGACGCCAAACAGGCCGUGUCCAACACCAUCGCCGUCAACUCCAAACCGGUCCAGUGGGUCAAGUCCUUGUCGUUGUUACAAGCAGAAAACUACAGAGUACUCAACUUGGGGCCGGGCGAGGUGCUCCACAACUUGAACUCGAAGUUCGAUCUCGAGAACGUCUCGUUAUCUUCAUUAGCUUCGUUCAAUGAUAUUUAAUUAUUUCUCACUCGGGCCCCAGCUCGUUUUUUCUGACUCGCUCCUUGACUCGUUCCUGGUCCAUCCUACUUCAAUAUAAUUCUUUUUCACCAACACCCUCUGUAGGACCUCUUCCAAACCACCAUCCGGGGCAAAACCUGUAGUCACCGUGCCAUUGGUGGUGGCAGAUCACCGAAUGGCUCGAACACGAGUCAACUGUCUGCUGGUGCAACGCAGCAUUUUCUGAGCGAACAGUGAAAAAUU